AUGGAGAACCCGAAGUUGUGGGGCCCCGGCGGCCUGUGUCUCAACAUCCAGGAGGACGCCGGGCUGGAGACGGCGUUGCUCGAUGGGGCCCUGAAGAACAACCUCCCGAAGCUCGAGUUCUGGGGCAAGAUCACGGGUACUACUGAUAGUUAUUUGAUUGCCGUCGGGUAUAGUCCGGAGUACCCGUUUCCCAAGAAGACCUUCUUCUGGACGACGACGUCGGAAGCCCACGAGUUGAAGGUCAUGAAAGUUUUAGAUGAUGACUACGCGGCCCACGCGAAGACGUUGAUGAACACGCCGUUUACCGGCGAUCCCGCGACCCCCUACGAGAUCGUGCGACCCGAGGGCUACGAGCCGCCGCCGCCCAAGACCGACGAGAACGGCGAGCCCAUCCCGCCGGAAGAGUUCCGGGAGGAGCACAAGCUCGCCUACCACGUCUCGGUCAUUGACAACGAGGUGUCCAUCAUACCAAAGGGCGCGUGGAUCUGCGACGCGACGCACCAAGUGAUAAAAAAUGUGACGAACUGCGGCUUGACGCAUGAGGCGGCUGGGUCUCUGAGAAACUACUUACACUUCCGGUACCCCGAGAACGACCGGUCGAAGCAAGCGCUGGUGAAGCCGGGCGUCGUGCGGCACGGCGACUUCCUCGACAACCUCGAGGACGACGCGCCCAAGGGCUGCUGGGGCGUGCACUAUUCUCCGGAUGCCAAGUACUCGAUCGUCCGGUCGUUCUACUGGCCGGGCUCGUACUUCUGCCACGAGAUCAAGACGGGCAACUACGUGAGCGUCUACUUCGGCGACGGCCUCCCCAACGAGGACAUCCUCUUCAUGCUCUAGGCUGCGUAAGGAG